AUGGGUGGAAAGAGGAAGCGAAAUACCGUCAAACCCAACUCCUCUCGGGUUACACAACGCCCAGCUACUUUACCAGCUCAGUAUGACUUCAUACCGAGGGAUCCAUCUCCGUCGAUCCCACCCGUUCUCCCUAAGAACAAACCUCUCCCUAAGAACAAACCUCUCCCUAAGAACAAACCUCUCCCUAAGAACAAACCUCUCCCUAAGAACAAACCUCUCCCUAAGAACAAACCUCUCCCUAAGAACAAACCUCUCCCUAAGAACAAACCUCUCCCUAAGAACAAACCUCUCCCUAAGAACAAACCUCUCCCUAAGAACAAACCUCUCCCUAAGAACAAACCUCUCCCUAAGAACAAACCUCUCCCUAAGAACAAACCUCUCCCUAAGAACAAACCUCUCCCUAAGAACAAACCUCUCCCUAAGAACAAACCUCUCCCUAAGAACAAACCUCUCCCUAAGAACAAACCUCUCCCUAAGAACAAACCUCUCCCUAAGAACAAACCUCUCCCUAAGAACAAACCUCUCCCUAAGAACAAACCUCUCCCUAAGAACAAACCUCUCCCUAAGAACAAACCUCUCCCUAAGAACAAACCUCUCCCUAAGAACAAACCUCUCCCUAAGAACAAACCUCUCCCUAAGAACAAACCUCUCCCUAAGAACAAACCUCUCCCUAAGAACAAACCUCUCCCUAAGAACAAACCUCUCCCUAAGAACAAACCUCUCCCUAAGAACAAACCUCUCCCUAAGAACAAACCUCUCCCUAAGAACAAUCCUCUCCCAUCUGUUCGCGAUUAUCCUCCUCCGAGAAAGCUGUUUCCGGAAACGAACUUCCCACCUUCUCAAUCAGCUCCGUCGCCUCUCACUCCAGCUGCUGCGACGUCUCAACCUCAACAGCGACAAACUCACUCGACUGAACGUAUGAACACACUUCCUCCAAGUCAACCGGCUCCAGUUCGAGCAUCUCAAUCGCCUCACAGUUCUGAAGCACAAAAUUCUCGUUUUCCAGAUGAGGAGGAGGAGGAGGAUAUGUCCGAUGUAGAGGCUCCGGUUCAACCUAAUCUCGCCUCUGACCAUAUGGAUCUUUUGAACUCCCUCCUAAACCAGCCAGGUCGAGCGAAGAACACAAUUGUCCUGUCUCGCAACCUUGAGCCUGGAACCACAUGGUAUUUUGUCUUCCUUUCUUACAAUUGUUGA